CAGAUCUCCAUCGAGCGAUUGGUGGACUUUCCUUCAACCCUAAUUCUACGACCCAUGGCGAAAUACGGCGAGGGCGACAAGCGGUGGAUCGUCGAGGAGCGCGCCGACGGCACCAACGUCCACAACUGGCACUGGACGGAGCGCAACUGCCUCGAGUGGUCCCGAUCCUUCCUCUCCUCCCACCUCUCCGGCCUCACAAUCCUUGACGGGGAGGGUGGGCUCACCAUCCGCACCAAGGCCCUCGACAAACUAGACGGUGAUGCCUACGUCAAUAUCCGCAAGGGCAAGAUCAUCCCCGGGUACGAGCUCUCCCUUUCCCUCGGCUGGGAGGGUGAGGCCUGCGACGCCGCCGAUGGCAGCGCACCUCCGCUCCUCAAGGUAUCCGGCACCGUUGAAGUUCCCUACCUCGCGGAUGAGAACGCUGGGGAGGACCCUGAGGUUAGAAUCACGCUCCGGGACGAUGAUGGUCCGAUUGGGCGCCGGAUCAAGGACGCCUUCUUGGCUAAGGGCAAGCCGGUGAUCUUGGAGAAACUUAGGAUUUUUGUGGAGACGAUGAGCAAGGGUGGCCCUGCAAAGGACGAGCUUGAGGCGAAGAAACCUCUCUCGGUGACUGCCAAGAACAUCCCAUCGACAGCUUCAGCAGCUGCAGCAAAAACUCCGGCGGCCGCCGCUGUGAAUAAUGCAGUGGUUGCACCGCCCAAGGAAAAGAAGAAGAAUAAGGAAGGUUUCAAAAACAUAUCUUUGACGGAGAAAUUCUAUUGUAGGGCGAGGAAUAUUUAUGAGAUCCUGAUGGAUGAGAAUCGGUGGAAGGGAUUUGCACAGAGCAACGCAAGGAUCAGUAAGGAAGUUGGUGGGCAAUUCAGCCUAUUCGAUGGAUCGAUCACUGGUGUCAAUGAGGAGUUGCAGGAAUCUAAGCUGAUCGUUCAGAAGUGGAGAUUUGGAAGUUGGCCAGAUGGACUUUAUUCCACAGUGAGGCUGACUUUUGAAGAACCUGAACAGGGUGUUACCAUUGUGAAAUUGACUCAGACAGACAUUCCGGAGGAAGAUAAAUACGGGAACGCAACAGUUGUGGAGAACACAGAAAGAGGAUGGAGGGAUCUCAUCUUUCACAAGAUACGUGGUGUAUUUGGUUUCGGAAUGUAGAAAUAGCACUUUUCCUUCUGCUAGCAAGUUGCAAUGUUGUUAUUUCUUGGCGCAUUCUCAUUUUAUCACAAAUUGAUGCAUGGUCUUAAUAUGAUUAGUUGUUAUUUCACUCGGAGAUGGUAUCUAAACAUGAGACAAUCUUUUUACUUGUUGCUCAGCGUCAAUGUACCCUCGGUAUGAUAUGAGAAACAUAUUCUACACUGUAACAUGUUAAACUUCCACUGCAUUUUGAUUUGUGGUUUAAGUAUUCUAUUGCUUUUGUAGCCUAA